UGCUCUGUUCUGCCCCCGAGGAUUGGAUUCGGGCUGUUGGGGGCGGUGGAUCUGGUCCCACUAAGCAGAGCAGGCCCGCACGUUUGCCGUAGGAUCGCGUGCCAACGGCCAUCGCGCAUCUGAAUAAAGUAGUAGCCUUCAGCAUCAAGAUUUGCUGUUGCAGCCGAGCUGAAUAUGCUGUCAGUCAGUUCUUGAAAAUUGUUGACAAAACUUGUCCUGAUUCUUGCAAGAUCCAUGGCAUAGUCGACCAUUCGCAAAAGGGAAAAAACUUGUUGCAUAAUCGACCGUGAUUUUUUUAUGAAAGAAUCGACAACGAAUAAUUUAUCAGCCACCCACCCAUCACACCACCAUAAAGAAAAAGGACUUUGCGAUUGUCGCUUCUUUCCUCUCCAAAUCAGAGCCUGCCCUCUUACCUAUCCCAGCGGAACGGAAGGAUGUCGUCGCCGGCGACCAGCGCGAGGGCGGACGACCACAAGCCGCUGGUGCUCCUGGUGCAGCCACUGUUCCCGAACUUAGCCGCGGUGCUGGAGGGCCGGUACCGCUUGGCCCUGGCCGCGGACGCCGACGAGGCCACGGCGGGCGAGGCCAGGGUGCUGCUCGUGCCGGGGCUCAAGGAGGUGACCGCCGAGCUCAUCGGCAGGCUCCCGGCGCUGGAGCUCGUGGUGGCCACCUCCGUCGGGCUGGACCACGUCGACCUGGACGCCUGCCGCCGCCGCGGGCUCGCCGUCACCAACGCCGGGGACGCCUUCUCCGCGGACUCGGCCGACUACGCCGUGGGCCUCCUCAUCGCCGUGCUGCGCAGGAUCGCCGCCGCCGAGGCGUACCUCCGCCGCGGCAGGUGGGCCACGGACGGCGAGUACCCGCUCGCUACCAAGGUGAGCGGCAAGCGCGUGGGGAUCGUGGGUCUCGGCCGCAUCGGCUCGCAGGUGGCGCGGCGCCUCGCCGCCUUCGGGUGCCCCGUCGCCUACCACUCGCGGUCGCCCAAGCCGUCGUCGCCCUACAGGUUCGUCCCCACGGUGCGCGCCCUAGCCGCGGACAGCGACGUGCUGGUGCUGUCGUGCGCGCUGACGGAGGAGACGCAGCGCGUGGUGGGGCGGGAGGUGAUGGAGGCGCUGGGCAAGGACGGCGUGCUCGUCAACGUCGGCCGCGGCGGGCUAGUGGACGAGCUGGAGCUGGUGCGCUGCCUGCGGGAGGGCGUCAUCGGCGGCGCCGGGCUGGACGUGUUCGACAAGGAGCCGGACGUGCCGGCGGAGCUGCUCGCCAUGGACAACGUCGUCCUGUCGGACCACAGGGCCGUGUUCACGCCGGAGUCCUUCCGCGGGAUGCUGGACGUCGUCGCCGGAAACCUCGAGGCCUUCUUCGCCGGGAGGCCGCUGCUCAGCCCCGUCACGCUCUGAGCUCUGUGUGAACUCGGCCACACAGGACAGGGCUUCAGUUGCGAGGGGUUUGGAGUGGCUUGUACUUUUUUAAUCUUCUUUUUUCUAAUAAUAAAAGUUACAGCAAAUCUCUUGCCAUUUCCUUCAAAAAUUUUUUGGAAAACUUGUUUUCUUUAGCUGAAGUUGACGGAAAAUUUGACUUGAAGUAGAGGUUUUUGGUUUA